CACAACCACCACUAGCCAUGGAAGAAAAAGAAAAGAAGAAGAAUAAGAAGCAAAAACACCAACACCCAAAUGAUCAAACCACAAAACCCACCACAGAUUUUGCAUUCAAGCCUAGCUCAGAAGUGAAAGGACUCCGAUUUGGCGGCCAAUUCAUUGUCAAGUCAUUCACAAUCCGCCGUGCACAGCCGCUCGAGCUCUUCCGCCUCCUAUGUGUCCCACCACCCAACCACCAACAAGAUAAACCCAAUUUAAAGCCACCUUUUCCCUCAACCACAGGCUUCUUGCCCACAAACUUCACAAUCUUAGCUCACGAUGCAUGGCACACACUAACAUUAGGCCUUGGAACAAAAAAGUCUAAGGUACUUCUCUUUGUUUUUGAAUCGGAGAACAUGAAGGCCGCCGUGGACCGGUUCUGGCCACCGGAGAUACCUCUCGGAGAAGUGAACAAGAAGCUCAUAAGGGGUCUAACAGGUUGCGAGAUGGCUCGGUUUAAAUUCAGAAAAGGGCUGUGGUUGCACUGAAAGAUUUCUUAGAUCACACUGCUAUGCUUGCCUUGCCCAAACAAAGAAGCAUCAAAUUUGCUCCUCCUGUUGCCAUGGCUCACUAGACAGGUUCUUGAUCACAAUCUUCUUCAUCUUCUUCCUUAAUUUCUUAUCCCAGAUUUUUUUUGUUGGUGACUUUUCAGAAAAUAUUUCUUAUGGGGGGAUUGUUUAAUUUUUUGGGGGAUCUUGUUUUUGUAUGUUUUUACUGUAAUUUAGCAAUGAAUAAAUUGGAGGUUUUAACAUGUAUCAUGUAUGUUGAUGCAUGUCUCUAUUUAUUUCCAUCGGCAUAUGUUUCCCAAGAAACUUUUGGAAGAAGGUAAGUGGUAACUUUAGUUCAAGUGGGACAGAGUAG